AUGGAGGCUACCAAGUCCCAAGCCCUCUUCGUCGCCUCCAUGCUCCUCGUCUCCUUCUUCCUCCUCCUCCUCCUCCUCCUCCCCCCUCUUGCUUAUGCCUGUGCUGAUUGUCCUCCUUCCUCGAAAUCCAAAUCCCCCGUCGUCGGUAAACCUCCCGUAAUCCCUCCACCAAUCACAGUGCCUCCACCGAUAACCGACCUUCCUCCGGUGAUAAAUCCGCCUCCGGUAGGCGGAAGCACGCUGUCCCCUACGCCCCCUCCAGUGAUGAAUCCUCCUCCGGCGAGCUUCCCUGUGGACAGGUUCAAGGUUUGGGCAAGGGUGGACUUGUUCGGCGGCCGUGUCCACAUCGAGGUCGGCGAUCCGGCGGCCAACCAGUUCUCCCAGAUGCCGCAGGGUAUAGUGGAUCCGGAGGACGCCGUCUGCCUCUGCGCCGCCAUCAAGCUCAAGCUCCUCAGCCUCAACGUCUACCUCGCCCUCCAGCUCCCCCUCGCCUGA